UAUGUUUGCGGUGAAUAUUUGCAGUGCGCCAGGCGUUUUGAUAGCGCUAAAUUUCAAUUCGAAAUAUUAUUAUGUACUUCCGUUACUUGUAUUCAUAAAUUCUUAUAAUACAUUGCUAUGUCAUUUAACUUUUUCAACAAGUUUGGUAUAUUCAAUUAAAAUAUUAUCUAACAUUUAUCACUCUUUACGAUAGUGGUCACAAAUUGAUAUACACAUGAGAUAAUCAUUUAAUCACAUAAUCCGAUUAUCCAAAACGCCUCAUAUCCUCCGUUUUAACGUGAUUUCUUCAGAACCAAUUAAAAUGUCAGCAACUAUACAUCAACAUGUGGUUUCGGGACCAGAAGAAGAGCUUAUCCCAGCACAUUUAUCGUAUGGGCAAUUUCUGUUUGACAAAUUAAAAAGUGGCGGAAAUAAAGUCGCUCAAAUUUGCGCAGAGACAGGUAGCUCAGUAACAUACAGAGAUAUUCUUCAAAGCAGUGUAAAUUUGGCCACAUCUCUACUAGAACUUGGCUUAAAAAAAGGAGAUGUAGUUGCUCUGAGCUGUGAAAAUCGCUUUGAGUUUACUGUCACAUCGCUCGCUAUACUCUACUGUGGUGCAACACUAUCAACACUAAAUGUUACAUAUUCUCCAGGUGAGAUAAGCCAUCUCCUGGCUAUAACAAAACCAAAGUUCAUUUUUACCUCACCCAUAACUGCACAGAACAUUCAUGAUUGCUGUCAAGAUUUAGCACAUGUAGAGAAACUGAUACUCUUUGGUGAAUAUGAUGUUGUGCCUGCUGUGUUCUAUAAUGACUUGGUAAAAAACAACAUAAAUAUAGACGACUUUACCCUUGUUGAUGUGAAUGGUGCUGAAGAUGUAGCUGCUAUCAUGUGCUCCUCAGGGACUACUGGAUUGCCUAAAGGUGUUAUGUUAACACAUGUUAAUUUUCUCACCUUGUCUGCCCAUAUGAAGUACUAUUUGGAGACUUCGAAGAAAAGAAAAAAGCAUGAAGUAAACAGUGCACUCUCACUAAUACCCUGGUUCCAUGCAUAUGGUUUCAUUACUACCUUAGCAAUCAUGUGUCUACAUAUUGAAGUAGUUUUCUUAAAGAGGUUUGAGGAAGAGCAAUUUUUGGAAACCAUACAAAAGUACAAGAUAAACAUGGCUACAAUUGUGCCACCUUUAGCAGUUUUUCUGGCAAAACAUCCCCUUGUGCUGAAGUACGAUUUAACCUCGCUGAAUGAAGUGUGGUGUGGGGCUGCACCUUUAUCUCGGGAAAUUCAGUCAGCUAUAACUCAAAGAACUGGUAUCCAGUAUAUAAGACAGGGAUAUGGUCUUACGGAAGUCACAAUGGCGUGUUGUGUCGAUCUCACAAAUGGGGAGAAAAUUGGCUCUUGCGGCACGCCGGCGCCUGGUAUGAAGAUUAAGGUUAUCGAUAUAGAAACCGGUCAGAAGUUGGGACCAAAUAAAGAGGGAGAGUUAUGGGUUAAGUCCCCGCUACGCAUGAAAGGCUACAUGGGCGACCGGGCCGCCAGCGACGCUCUCAUUGACGCGGAAGGAUAUGUACAAACUGGUGACAUUGGAUAUUAUGACAAUGAUGGAUUUUUCUAUAUAGUUGACCGACUAAAGGAACUUAUCAAGUAUAAGGGAUUCCAGGUGGCUCCCGCGGAGUUGGAGGCGCUGCUCCUCCGCAUGAGCGGCGUGGCCGACUGCGGGGUUGUGGGGCUGCCGGACGAGCUGGCCGGGGAGCUGCCCAUCGCUUUUGUAGUGCUGCAACCGAACGCUAAACUGUCCGCUAGUGAUAUCGUCGAAUACAUACACUCUAAGGUUUCACCUGCUAAACGGCUGCGCGGUGGCGUAAUAUUCGUUGAUGAAAUUCCUAAGAAUCCAUCUGGCAAAAUAUUGCGAAGAGAAUUACGGAAAAUGUUGGCUUCAGCUAAAAAAAGCAAAUUAUAAUAAGUUGAGCCACUAGAAACAGAUAUAU